UUCGACUUAAGCAGUACCCUGGGGCCAACCACGCGGGCAGACGAGGACUUUAUCAGGGCUCUACAGCAGCAGGAGGCCCAAGGGAAGCUGACGGGCGGCCUGGGGCUCGGCAUCAGGACAGACGCCGUCUUGACCGAGUCGGCAUUGUUGGCCACGAGUCCGGUGGUCGAGCGCUCCCCACUGGCCCGCUCCUUCUCCUUUUCUCGCCCCGGCCGGCCCCUGAGUGACACGGUCAAGCAGCUCGGACAGAGCGAGGCGAACAAGAGGGGCGAGGUUAUCGAGGUCGUCAUGGAGACGCUCCCCACCCCGGCUGAUUCCGACGACGACUUGAGUAUCAUGGCUGCCCCCGAGCCGGGGCUUCCUCCCAUCAAGUCCGGCACGUGGCCAACCAUCACUUCUACCAAGACGGGCCUGAGCCUGACACAGGUCUUUUACCCGCAGCCCGACUGGAAGCCCUUCUCCAUGAGGUGGCCGUAUCUUCUGUUCAUAAUCCUGCUGUCCAUGGUCUUGGGAGGCGGCCAGGAAGUCCUGUACCAGACAUCUGCCCGCAGCCCGCUUGUCACCUUCCGCACGCCUUCGGAAAUCCCGACGUUUCAGUACUUUGCCUUCAAGUUCCUGCCCACUCUCAUCACCGUCUCGUACGGUGUGCUGUGGCAGCUCACCAAUUUCGAAGUCAGACGUCUCGAGGCCUUCUACCAGCUGUCAAAGGAGACCGGGGCCCUGGCCGCAGAGUCGAUCAAUGUCGACUACAUAACCGAUUUCAGCUUCCUCCGGCCAAUCCGAGCCUUCAGGUGCGGCCAUUACGCCGUAGCCGUGUCAUCUAUCGCGACUCUGCUGGCCAACACGGUUGUCCCAACCCUCGGAGCCGCCUCCAUCAUCCUCUCGCCAGACAGAGAUACUCGCAUCAGGUAUCCCGGAAACGAAAAGUUCAUCCUGGUCCACGCCGUUUGGUCCCGUUUACUGACUGUCACCUUCCUCGUCAUCGCCUUGCUCGGCUGCGUGCUCUUUUUCCUGCUCCAGAGGCGGCGGUCGGGCCUGCUGGGCGACGUCAAAGGCAUCGCUGGCCUCGCAUCCAUGGCUACCGUUAGCCACAUUCUGAUGGAUUUCAAGGACAUGGACGUCGCCACACACGGGGACAUCCAUCACAAGCUCAAGGACCACCGCUAUGCCCUGCGCAACUCGUCGCUCACCCCCGACGACCUCAACCCUCCCUCGAAACAGGAGCGGGAAAAGUACACAAAGAACUACCUCUCGGAGAACCCGCACCCCCUCAUGCUGCGCGCCAAGGGCGCCGUCCCGUUCAUCCUCGGCAUCGUCAUGUUUUCGGCGCUGAUUCCCGUCUUUCUAUUCACGCCCGCCAACGUGCUGACUGACCGGGCGCCGUGGGUGGUGACGCUCCUCGCAGUCUGUAUCAAGCUCAGCUGGGGCGCCCUCGAGACGGACGUGCGCAUGAUGGAGCCCUACUACAUCCUCUGGCGGCGGCACGCACCUCCGAAGACGCUCACGCUCGACUACACGGCCAUGCCCUUUGGGUGGGUCGCGCUGCAGGGCCUGCUGAACCGGCACUGGCUGGUCUUCUUUGUCGGCUUUGGCACCGUCCUGACGGAGCUGCUGACGGUGCUCGUGACGUCGCUCGCGACGGUCGAAGGGCGCGUGUUUGUCGACAAGGUCGGGGCUCCAGACUCAUCGCCGUCACCGGCCAAUAGCUCGGGCAUGGACGACGACAUCAACGCCGGCGAGGAGACGGUGGCCAGCUUCUGGAUCUCGUUCGCGCUCGCCGACUUUGUGCUGUUGUACAUGGGCGUGGUGGCGCUCGUCGUGUACGUGCGCCGCCGCCGCGUCUUCUUGCCGCGCCAGCCGAACACAAUUGCCAGCGUGCUCGCCUUCAUCCACCAGAGCAAGAUGCUGUACAACUUUGUCAACACGGCCAAGCUGUCCAACGCCGCCAUGGCCGACCGCCUCGCCGGCCUCGGCAAGACGUACGGCCUCGGCUGGUUCCAGGGCCGCGACGGCCAGUCGCACUGCGGCGUCGACGAGGAGGAGCUGCUGAGCGGCUACAAGUUUGGCUACGACUACUCGCGCGCCACCAAGCCGUGGGAGGAGACGGCUGUCGAUUGGCUCUGA